CCAAGAACUCCAAAACCAAAAACUGCAUGAAGUGGUAUUUAAUAUACGCGUCAAAAAGUUUUUUGGGUUAAUUAAUAUAAAAGUUAUUAACAGUUAAUUAUAGCCAACAUUUAAGCUACAAAUUAAUUAAAAAUGACCGUCGACGGCGAAGAAAAAGCUGAGCGUGAGCGUGUUUUUAUGGACAUUUCAAUAGGCGGCUUGCCCUCAGGAAGAAUCGUGUUUGAAUUGUUUACUGAUGUUGCUCCAAAGACUGCGGAAAAUUUCCGAGCUUUAUGCGCUGGAGAUAUGGGAGUUGGUAAAGUUACUGGGAAACCGUUAACAUAUAAGGGUAUGGUGUUUCAUAGAGUGGUCAAAGAUUUCAUGAUACAAGGUGGGGAUUUCACUAAUGCUAAUGGGACUGGUGGAGAGUCAAUAUAUGGAGGAACCUUUGAAGAUGAGACAUUUGAACUUAAACAUGAUCGGCCCUACCUGCUGUCUAUGGCAAAUAGAGGAAAGGACACAAAUGGAUCUCAAUUCUUUAUAACAACACAGCCGGCGCCGCAUCUCGACAAUGUGCACGUAGUGUUCGGGCAGGUGGCUGCUGGCGCGGCGCUGGUGCGGCAGCUGGAGGCGCUGCCGGUGGACCGCAACGCGCGCCCUCUGCAGGAUGUGCUCGUCACUGCCUGCGGACAGCUCGUCAGGCUUAAGUCAGGUAAAAAGCGUAAGCAGGACAAGGAGAAGGUGAAAGAGGAGAGUGAUGGCGAUUCUGAUCAUUCUCAGAAGAAGGACAAGAAGAAGAAAAAAGAGAAGAAAAAGAAAAGACAUCAUUCGGAGUCCUCAGCGGAUGGUCAGGAGACAGAGCAACCUGCUCAUCCGUUGGUGAUGACAUCAAAGAUAGAUCCUCGAGAGAUCCCGGAGGUGCCCGAGCACAAGUUCCUGCUCCGGGGAGGGAAGGAUCAUGAUAAAAAAGAUAGAGACAGGAUGCGUUAUCGUGAACGCGAUCGUAACGCCUACACAAGGAGCGGGAGGAUUAUAAAAGGACGAGGUGUUUUUAGAUACCGCACUCCGUCCCGGUCUCGGUCUCGGUCCCGCUCGGUGACGCCGCCGCACUGGCGACAGGCUCAGCGCAGGAUCAUCAAGCUCUCAGACUACGAGGUAACCACACACAGACACAACACUCACUCUCCCCCAUCCUCUCCCUCCCCUCCCCCGGUCUCGGUCUCGGUCCCGCUCGGUGACGCCGCCGCACUGGCGACAGGCUCAGCGCAGGAUCAUCAAGCUCUCAGACUACGAGGUAACCACACACAGACACAACACUCACUCUCCCCCAUCCUCUCCCUCCCCUCCCCCGGUCUCGGUCUCGACACAACACUCACUCUCCCCCAUCCUCUCCCUCCCCUCCCCCGGUCUCGGUCUCGGUCCCGCUCGAUGACGCCGCCGCACUGGCGACAGGCUCAGCGCAGGAUCAUCAAGCUCUCAGACUACGAGCGCAUGGAUCAAGAGAGGGCGGAGAGAGAGGCGCUCGAGCCCAAGAAGCCUGCAGAGAAACCUCUUAAUGAAGGCGAGCCUGGCACUCCGGAGCAGGAGAAAGAAGAGGGAGAGUGUGACUCUACGCAUGAUCAAUCCCGACAUGAAAAGGUCGAUUACAAUGCUCUCGACUUUGAAGAGGAUAUUGAACAUGAAGGAGGUCGUGUGGUGAGGACGGCAGUGGUGGGGCGCGGGGCAACACGAGCGACUUCGCCCCAUCAGCGAGCGGAGGCUCUGGCCCGAGCACUCGGUGUGCAUCCUCGCCAUGAUCAGCUCAGGGAGGAGCGCGACACGAGGGAGUAUCGUGAACGGCCAAGACGUCGCGACGGGCUGGCCUCCUGCGUCCAGUCCGUGCCCCCCGCACCCCCAGCCCCCCGCGACACCCCACGUGACACCCCCCGGGAAACCCCCCGCCAUGCGGAUGAAGGCGAUGAGGACGCCGGCUACGAUCCCUUUAGACUACUGAGGAGUACCUUCGCCAGUCAUAACAAAGACAGGUUCAAAGACCAGAGAAAAGAUGAACGUCAAGAUCGAGGUGAUACACGACGUGAGAAAGAAAAGGAGAGAUACAAAGAGAAGGAUAGAGACGACAAGCACGAUAGAUACAGGAGCGAAAGAGAGCAUCGCAAGGACGACAGGGAAUAUAGAAAGGAUGAUAAAGACGGAAAGAAACAUGACAAGGAUAUUAGAAAAGAUGACAAAGAUGUACGCAAAGAUGAUAAAGUGAAAAAAGAUGAAAGAGAAUCAAGAAGAGAUGAAAAAGAUUAUAGGAAAGAUGAUAGAGAGAGUCGUGAUCACAGGAGAGAGGACUCUGGGAAAAAGGAUAAGGAAUCUAGAGACGACAGGGAUUCCAGAAAGGAAGAUAAAGGUAGAAAAGAAAUUAAACGAGAGGAGUCACGAGAGAGGGAGAAGAAUAGAGAUAAAGGUGACCGGGCUAGAGAAGAGAGUGAUAGAAAGAGCUCUACUAAAGAAAGGACAAAGUCGCCCAAAGGUGAUCGCAAAGAGGGGGUGGAGCUUGACAAGAACAAACCCACCACGGAGGAGGACAAGAAGAAGGAGGAGGAGCGCGAUGAGGCGCGCAAGGAGCUGAUGGAGAUCGUGCGCCUCAUCAAGUCACGUCAGCGCGACCGCGAGGCGAAGGCCGCAGAGUUGAAGAAGAAACGCGCGUCUUCCAGCGACUCCUCAGGGUCGGAGGACUCGCGUCGCGCACGUCGUCGACGCUCCUCAGACCGCAGGCGUACGCGCAGUCCCAGAUCUCGCCACAGCCCGAAGUCGUCACGUCGUCGUCGCUCCCCCUCCUCCUCCUCUGACUAACCCCCCACCACCAUCUCUAAUGCCUGACAAACUAUGACCUAAUUAAGUUAUAGUUUUACACUAUAAAGUUACAAGGUCACCA